CGCAGGCGCAUUGCCAUUCCUGUCAAACAUGGCUGUGCUUUUGAAGAAAGAAAAAUGCUGAAUUGUAUUGGUAUAUUUCGGGAAAAACAGCAAACAUGGCUAGAUUCGCUGAUUAUUUUAUUGUCGUGGGAUAUGAUCAGGAUAAAUCUGGUUCAGAAGAGGGAUGUGGAAAGAUUAUUCAGCGCUUCCCUAAGAAGGACUGGGAGGGCACAGCGUUUCCUCAGGGUGUGGAGAUGUUCUGCCAGCCAGGAGGUUGGAGGCUAUCCAGGGAGAGGAGAGCACCCACGUUCUUCACAGUUGUGCUGACUGAUAUCGAAUCUGACCGGCACUACUGCUCCUGUCUCACUUUCUUUGAGGCUGAAGUAAAUCUACAGGGGUCAAAGGCAAUCGAUGGGGAUGGGGAUGAAGACGAAGAGGAAGAUGGCAUGGUUCAGCCGGCUCAAGUAUUUGCACCAAAAAGUCUCAUCCUUGUCUCCAGGCUGGAUUUUCCAGAAAUAUUCCGGGUAAGAGGACCCCACCUCAUUAAAGGUUGAUUAAAACAUAGUUUCCCCCCCCUCUGUCGUUCCAAUGCAAUACAUCACAUUGUUGGCAUAUCUCUUCAAUCGUCUGGCAAAUGUUUCCUCUUGUGUUACUUAUUUUGCCUAAUGCGAAUGUUUGAGAUUAUCCCUGACUAGAUGUUACAGUUAUGCCAGAAAUGGCUGAGCAUAGUUGGUGUGUUUGUGCUUGCUGCAUCUGUAGCACAUCAAGGAUUCUUGUAUAUGACACGAUUCAGAAUCAGGUCACAUAUUUAACUACUUAAACAUGGAAAUGUUGGACAAAUUUCCCCCUAUUAUAAAAAGAAAGCAAACUAUUAAUAUUAUAAACUAUGUAGGUUUUUUUAUGGAGUUUAUUUUUU